AUGCUCCGCCUGCCCCUGGCGCUCGCCGCGCUGGUGCUGCGCGCCCUGCGGAGCCCGCUCAGCUUCCUGGGCUGGAGCCUGGCAAGCUUCUGGCCCCGGCUGCGGCUGGUGCUGCGGGGAAGCGGCCCGAGCCGCGGCCCGACCCCCACCAGCGUAAACUACCACUUCACCCGGCGCUGCAACUACAAGUGCGGCUUCUGCUUCCACACGGCCAAGACCUCCUUCGAGCUGCCCCUGGAGGAGGCGCAGCGGGGGCUGGCCAUGCUGCGGGCGGCAGGUAUGGAGAAAAUUAAUUUUUCAGGAGGAGAACCAUUUCUGACUGAUAGAGGAGAAUUUGUAGGCAAAUUGGUCCAGUUUUGCAAGCAAGAAUUAAAGUUACCAAGUGUCAGCAUUGUGAGCAAUGGCAGCUUGAUUAGAGAAAGAUGGUUCAAGAAUUAUGGUGAAUAUCUAGACAUUCUGGCAAUUUCUUGUGAUAGUUUUCAUGAGGAAGUCAAUGCUUUAAUUGGCCGUGGGCAAGGGAAAAAAAACCAUGUUGAAAAUCUGCAAAAAUUGAGAAAAUGGUGUCAAGAAUAUGGCGUGGCUUUUAAAUUAAAUUCAGUGAUUAAUAGAUUUAAUGUGGAAGAAGACAUGAAUGAGCAGAUUAAAGCACUGAACCCUGUUCGUUGGAAGGUAUUCCAGUGUCUGCUCAUUGACGGGGAGAACGUAGGGGAAAAUGCUCUGAGAGAAGCAGAGAAAUUUGUUAUCAGUGAUGAAGAUUUUGAACGAUUCCUAGAUCGCCACAGAGAUAUCUCAUGUUUAGUGCCAGAGUCAAAUCAGAAGAUGAAAGAUUCGUAUCUUAUUCUGGAUGAAUAUAUGCGUUUUCUGAACUGUAGAAAUGGACGAAAGGACCCUUCUAAAUCUAUUCUGGAUGUUGGUGUUGAGCAUGCUAUAAAAUUCAGUGGAUUUGAUGAGGAGAUGUUUCUGAAGAGAGGAGGAAAAUACGUGUGGAGUAAAGCAGAUAUGAAACUAGAAUGGUGACCCAAUAUAGUCAAUCAUGACAAUUUGCACUUUUUAAUACAGGCAGUCCUUGACUUACGUUUCGAGUUACAAUGUUUCGCACUUACGUUUAUAAUUGACACCCCGUUUUAACUUUCUGAUGUCAGUUUCAACUUUACAACACUUGAUUUGAUGCCAAGCCAUACCAGCAAAUAAGUUCACUGGGUCACCCAUCUCACUGGAGAACAUCUGUUUAAACUUCCUUGGACACUUUAUUUAAGAAAGCAGACAAGACUCCAGAAAAACCUGCAGCCAAGACUCCUGAGAAGACUCCAGCCAAGAACCCUUCAAAAAGUCUAACCAAGAGCCCUUCAAAACGUCCAGCAAAGUCUCCUCAAAGAAGUCCUUCCAAAUCAAUAUGAUUGCUAUUUACAAUAUAAUACAUUAAUAUAGCUAUAUUACUCAUCUAUAAUUGAUUUGAGUACAAAAUUCUGGGUUACUUUUGUUGAAAAUAGGGUAUCAGGCCUUGGUUCAGGAAUCAAUCCUCCAUUUAUAACAUUGUUUCCUAUGGGAAAAUUGGUUCCGAGUUACAACAUUUCGACUUAACACCUGGCUUUCAGGAACCAAUUGUGUUGUAAGUCUGAGGACUGCCUGUAUAAAGUUUCGUUUUUAUUUUUACACUCCAUCUCCGCUUAUGUCAUAUAAGUGAUGUUUAGGUUCAUUAACUAUAACAUCAGACAUUAGCCUGUUUUAAAAGCAGUGUUUUUGAAAUUUAGAUUGUAUUUUUAUCUACUGUAUAUUUGUGAAUUGUUAAGUAAUACUAGCGUUAGGAGUAAAAGCUAAUUUCCACAAUCUAGUAUUCAUUUAUAUCUGAAGGUGUUAAACUGCACCUUCUUGUAUGCUAAGAUUUAUUGUAAAGUGUGAGAGAAUGCCUCAGAAGACAUAAAACCUAAUACAACUUCAUAAAAUCUUGCUUUAAUAACAGAAUAUAAAUAGGUAGAGCUCUUUUCAGGAGAAUUGUCCAGCAUAGUUCAUAGGAAAUGACAAGGUGCAAUUCCUUGAUUUGCCACAAGGGGGCACCCCAGCAGAUCUUUGAAGUCUCUACUGCCUUUCUUUUUGAACAAGCAGUAGUAAUUCAGGCUCUGGUUAACAUUUUAUUCAUAUAAGUACAUACAUACAUACAGACAUUAGCAAUAAGCUCCACAGUUUAUUCAUUCGCAGUAAUAGCACAUGUAGAUGCACCCACGAUUGCCCAGAUGCUGUAAACACUUAUAUAUCAGAAUAAUUUUAGGCACUUCAUUCAGUGGGAUUACCUGAAUGAGUAAAGUUACUCAGUUGGUGAAUAUAUAAGUGUUUACCAGGCUAGGCCAUAAGAAGUUCCACUAAGUAAGGAAAUGAAAAAUAUGUAUCUUUUAAAAUAAGAAAAUAUUAUUGUAUAACCAUAAAAAAUGAUAGAGGAACUUAAAGACAAAGAUAGUAAACACAAAUUACACCUAAAUUGAGUUUUUGCUUAUUAUGUUUUAUGAAAGGUGGCUGCUAUUAAAGGUAGUUAGUUCCAUUUACAACCUAUAUGCCUUAGCUACUAAAUAAGCAUCUCCAGUCACUAUAAUACAGUGAGUUAGAUAUGUUAGAACUUUAGACAAAAUUCUCCUGACUUCUGUUGGCAGUUUUGCUGGAGUAAAGACUGCAGGACAAUAUUCAAAUGAUGUAUUUGUGUUAUUAAGCAUGGUUCUUUUUCUUCUGGCUCAAAACUGAACAAAAAAGAGGAAAAGGCAAAAUAGUGAAUAGAAAAUUAAUUAAAGAAGUCUCUGAAAUAUUAAUACAGUAGUGGUUUAAGGAAAGUUCAAAUUUUCAGAUAGGAUUUAUUACUGUUGGAUUUUACAUUGUGCUUUGCUUCAAUACACGUACUAUUACUGUGCAUGAAUAAACUCCGAAGCUUAGUGCUUUGGAGCUUAUUGCUCCUGGAUGCAUCGUUUGAACAUGUACCUGGGAGCAAUUAACUUGGGAGCAAUAAACUCCAGAGUUUUUUCCUGUGCAGCACAUGGAGCUGGGUUGGAGCAGCCCCAGCUGGCAGGGGGCUCUGGGGAUCAGCCUGCCAGCCUGGGGCUGCUCCCCAAAGCUCAAUAUGCUAUGGAGAAGCUGACUGGAGUAGGAGGGAGUUUCAGUGUGGGGCUAGUCGGCAGGCAGCCCCCUAUAUGGGAGCACUCUUGUGCCCCAGCCAGCCCCUCCAGCAUCUGCAUGUGAGUUGCUAUGGAGUUUUCUCCUCUUCAGAAGGAUAGUACUUUACGGCCAUGUCUACAUGAGAUGCUACUGCUCAGUGGUUACUGUGCAUUUAUUUAGUACUUGUAUAAACAAGUACUAAAUAAAUUUGCAGUAAUCAGAGUUACUGCGCAGUAGCGCCAGCAAACACCUUUCAGGUGACGCUACUGCGCAGUAUCUUAAUACUACUGUGCACUAGUGUCUCAGCAUGGUUUUUGCCACGUGACAUUACUGUACAGUAGUAUCAGGCUACUGCACAGUCAGCGUCUUUUGUAGAUUCACCCUACAAAUACUAUCCUGCUGUGGAGUAAAUUAGUUUACUCCAGCCUAAUAGGAUAGACUCUCAGAUGUUUACUGGGCAACUCAUUUAGUCAACUGCACAGUAAACAUCUUGUGUAGAUGCUUCCGGUGUAGUGGAAAAUGCUCAGUCCUACCAAGUAUAGUAUUCUUUCAACGGAGAUACAAGCUGCCUACACCAAAAACUUAGGACUUGUUUUGUAACUUUAUUGAAGAACAAACACUUUCAUAGAAUAAGCUCUUUUUAUACCGUUUACAAUUUUAAGUACCUUUAUAUGAAAAAUUCCCUUUCACUUAAAACUUUAAUUUCUUGACUGUAAUAAAAUGUGUUUUUUUUUUUAUGGCUGUGAUUAAAUAGCAAUCUAGAAAGCCUGUUUUGCUGUUUUUGCACUGAUAGAGUAUGCACACCAUUCAUAUUAGAUUAAAUAGUGAUCCUGCAAAGUUACAAGCAUGCAUAACUUUGAAUAUGUAUCCAGCAAAAUUAACAGUUGGCACAUCUACGCAUGUGCUUUAUUGUGGAGUUGACUAAUUAGGUCCGCAGUAAAUCGUCACCAUCUACAUGUGCACUGAUAUUAGGGCACAGGAGAUUAAUUAACCUCAUCCUAAUAGUGCUGUCAAGGAAUGUUGUAUCUUAUGGCACAGUUACUUACUGUGCUGAAGUCCACAUGUAGACGGUGACUGGGGACAGCUGGGGCAUGAGGGUGCAAAAGUGCGGGGACUGCCUGCCAUCCAGCCGUGCACUUUAGCACCCUCCGCCACCCAGUGCCAGUACCUGGAGCCUGGGGUUGACUUCCCAUGCCCCUGCCAGCCUGGGGCUGCUCUGCCAGGUUCAGGCUACUGUGGUCCCAGGUGCAGUGAAUGCACAGGCACCCUGGACAACAGCAGUUUGAGCAUCUGCAUGUGCCAUUGAGGUACCAAGAUAAACUUCAGCACAAAUUCCGUCCAAGUUUAUCACAUUGUCUUAAUGGCACGUGCAGAUGCAACUAGUGAAUUUUAAAAUAGGAGUAACCUCUUUAAGUUACAGAUGUGCAUAUAUCUUUGCUGAUUUAGGACUUCUAUAUUAUGUUUAACAUUAUUACAAUGGGUUAAUUCAAGAAAGCAACCUUAAGCACAUGUUUUUGUUGCAUCAGAGUAUUAGUUUGUGUACUAAUUUAUUAGCACUUUUGUUUCUUUCUAACAUUCUGGAGAGAAGACAAUUGAUAUUAAGAUUCCAAUGCACUUAAAAUUACUGUGAAUAUUUCCCAAAUAAGAAAUUAAGGAAUGGGUUUUAUGUUGUAUUUCAUAUGGGGGUUUUUUUCAGUGUGAAAGGCCUUUUUAACAUUUAAAUGUGCUAAGAAAAUUCAGUCCUAGCAAAAUGCAUUCGUUAAUAUUGAACAUUUCUGUGUCUAUUUUUGUAUAAAUGUUAUGACAACAAAUUGUACAUUGAAAUAAACAGUAUUUUUCUUUCUUAAUUUUA